AAACCCGGUUAGCUCUUAGCUCUCUCUCUCUGUCUCUUCCGUUAGCAUCUGGAACCGGCUUGACUCGCGUUGUGGAGCCGCUAUCCGGUCUUCUCACAACACAAUGGCUGCUGUAAAGGCACUUAAUCCGAAAGCCGAGGUGGCGAGAGCUCAAGCCGCCCUGGCUGUGAACAUCAGCGCCGCUCGGGGACUCCAGGAUGUCCUGAAAAGCAAUCUCGGACCAAAAGGAACCAUGAAAAUGCUUGUGUCCGGUGCCGGAGACAUCAAGCUCACUAAAGAUGGCAAUGUUCUUUUGCAUGAGAUGCAAAUCCAGCAUCCUACAGCUUCUCUGAUCGCUAAGGUGGCUACAGCCCAGGAUGACAUCACCGGAGACGGCACCACAUCCAACGUCCUCAUCAUCGGAGAGUUACUGAAGCAGGCGGAUAUGUACAUUUCUGAGGGCCUCCACCCCAGGAUCAUAGCUGAGGGCUUUGAAGCUGCAAAGGAAAAGGCGCUGGCUGUGCUCGAGGAGGUGAAGGUCACGAAGGAGAUGGACCGUGAGACUCUGGUGAACGUGGCCAGGACUUCACUGAGGACCAAAGUGCACACGGAGCUGGCCGACCUGCUCACAGAGGCUGUGGUGGACGCUGUGCUGGCCAUCAGCAAACCUAACGAACCCAUUGACCUUUAUAUGGUGGAGAUCAUGGAGAUGAAACACAAGACUGAGAGCGAUACACAAUUGAUCAGAGGUUUGGUGCUGGACCAUGGAGCCCGACAUCCUGACAUGAAGAAGAGAGUAGAGGACGCUUACAUCCUGACCUGCAACGUCUCUUUGGAAUACGAGAAAACCGAGGUGAACUCUGGCUUCUUCUACAAGAGUGCCGGUGAGAGAGAGAAGCUGGUGAAGGCUGAGAGGAAGUUCAUUGAAGAGCGUGUGUGCAAGAUCAUCGCGCUAAAGAACAAAGUGUGUGCUGACAACAACAAGGGCUUUGUGGUCAUUAAUCAGAAGGGGAUUGAUCCAUUCUCUCUGGACACGCUGGCUAAAGAAGGCAUCGUGGCUCUGCGCCGAGCGAAGAGAAGGAACAUGGAGAGACUCACUCUUGCCUGUGGUGGUGUUGCUAUGAACUCUGUAGAUGAUCUCACUCCGGAGUGUUUGGGCCAUGCCGGUCUCGUCUAUGAACACACGCUGGGAGAGGAGAAGUACACAUUCAUCGAGAAGUGUGGAAACCCACGCUCAGUCACGCUGCUGGUCAAAGGACCGAACAAACACACACUGACGCAGAUCAAAGAUGCCGUGAGGGAUGGACUGCGUGCCGUCAAGAACGCAAUCGAGGAUGGCAGUGUUGUAGCAGGAGCGGGUGCUUUCGAGGUGGCUGUGGCGGAUGCUCUGGUGAAACACAAGGCUAAAGUGAAGGGACGAGCUCAGCUGGGCGUGCAGGCGUUUGCUGAUGCUCUGCUCAUCAUCCCAAAGGUUCUGGCUCAGAAUUCAGGCUACGAUCCACAGGAGACUCUUGUGAAGCUGCAGACUGAAUAUAAAGAGUCUGGCCAGCUCAUCGGUGUGGACCUGAACACCGGUGAACCCAUGGUAGCUGGAGAGGCCGGCAUUUGGGAUAACUAUAGCGUUAAAAAACAGCUGCUGCACUCAUGCACGGUAAUCGCUAGCAACAUCCUCCUGGUAGAUGAGAUCAUGAGAGCCGGAAUGUCUUCCCUGAAAGGCUAAACUACUCAAACACGAUAAACCCCUCGAGAUCAUGAAGGGCUGUAGGUGGCCUGAAGUUUGGCACCGAGAUCCCUGGAAUUCUGCGCUGGACUACAGCCUGCCCAGAUUCUAACAGCACCAGAACCCCAACCAUCGUCACGUCGGCUCGUUUUGUUCGUCUCUCACACUUCCUCCAGUCAAUUGGGUUAUUUAUGAGAUUUUUUUUUUUUUUUUUUUGUUAAGCACCGAACUGCAGAUGUUCACUUUUUCAUUUGUACCCAUUAAAUGUUUUGGUUCAUGAAAAUA